GACUUCCGGUUCCAAUGUACUUCCUGUGUCACAAUGUACAUGCGUGCACAUGUGGUAAACAAGCCCUAUGAGUGCAAGCAUGAGCUCUUCAACAAAGUGGAACAAUUUGCCCAAAGGUCCGAGUCUAAAGAAUCUAACAGAGGGAGGAUUUGGUGUCCUGAAGGAGUCCCAACAUGCCGCUGUUCAGGAUUUAACAAAAGCUCACAUCGAGUCGUUUGACCAGGCUGUCACUGACGGACUCAGCCGCGUUGUGCAGUCCAUCCCCCCUUUGGAGUUCACAUUCAAAGAGGACAGGAUCAGCCUUGCCUUUGUUGAGGCCACGCUCUACAACCCAGUGGUCGCCAAAGGGAGCAUCUGCAGGGAAUUGAAGGUGUUUCCAGCAGAGUGCAGGGGCCGAAAAUGUACUUACAAAGGAAAGCUGGUGGCGGACGUCAGCUGGUCAGUCAACGGGGUUCCCAAAGGCAUCAUCAAACAGUCCAUGGGUCAGGUGCCCAUCAUGGUGAAGUCCAAGAUGUGUAACCUGCACGGCAUGUCCCCCAAAGAGCUUGUUAAACACCACGAAGAAGCAGAGGAAAUGGGAGGUUAUUUUAUUGUGAAUGGAAAUGAGAAGGUUAUCCGUAUGCUGAUAAUGCCAAGGAGGAACUAUCCUAUUGCCAUGUCAAGACCGAAAUGGAAGAGCAGGGGCCAGGGAUACACUCAGUUUGGUGUUUCAAUGCGUUGCGUGAAGGAAGAACACACAGCCGUCAACAUGAACCUGCAUUAUCUGGAAAACGGGACCGUAAUGCUGAACUUUAUCUACCAGAAAGAGCUCUUCUUCCUCCCAUUGGGCUUUGCACUUAAGGCGUUGGUGGACUUCACAGACUUCCAGAUCUAUCAGGAGCUGAUCAAGGGCCGCGAGGACAACUCCUUCUAUAAGAGCUGUGCGUCGGAGAUGCUGCGCGUCGUCAUGGAGGAGGGUUGCACCACCCGCGCUAAGGUGCUCAACUACCUGGGAGAGCGCUUCAGGGUCAAGAUGAGCCUUCCCGAGUGGUACACAAACGAGCAGUGCGCCAACUACCUGCUGGACGAGUGCAUCUGUAUCCACCUCAAGUCCGAUGUGGAGAAGUUCUACCUCCUGUGUCUGAUGACCCGGAAGCUCUUCACGUUUGCCAAGCAGGAGUGCAUGGAGGAGAACCCGGACAGCAUCAUGUGUCAAGAGGUGCUCACUCCCGGUCAGCUCUAUCUCAUGUUCAUGAAGGAGAGAAUGGCUGCCUGGUUGCUGUCUGUAAAGCUGUCCUUUGACAAGCGAGGCAGCAGACUGACUGGAAGACUGAGCGCUGAAAACGUGAUGAAGAUAUUCAACAUGGGCACUGACCUGACCAAACCCUUUGAAUAUCUGCUGGCCACUGGGAACCUCACCUCCAAGACAGGUCUCGGCAUGCUUCAGAACACAGGCCUGUGUGUGGUAGCUGACAAGCUCAACUUCAUCCGCUACCUGUCCCACUUCCGCUGCGUGCACAGAGGAGCUGCCUUCGCCAAGAUGAGGACCACCUCUGUCCGCAAGCUGCUGCCCGAGUCCUGGGGCUUCCUGUGUCCUGUCCACACUCCGGACGGAGAGCCCUGUGGACUCAUGAACCACAUGACGGCCAUCUGUGAGAUUGUGGCCCCAAGCUUGCCCACCACAUCCCUGCCGGCUCUGCUCUGCUCCCUUGGCGUUACUCCAGUGGAUGGAUCUCCAGGCCAAGCCUUUUCCGACUGCUUCCCCGUGGUCCUGGACGGCGCUGUGUUAGGCUGGGUGGAGACGGAAUUAGCCCCGCUUGUGGUCAAUUCACUGCGCAGGUUCAAGGUGCUAAAAGAGAAGAAGAUCCCUCCCUGGACUGAGAUCGUUCUGGUUCCAAAAACCGGCAAGGCCAGUCUGUACCCAGGCCUGUUCCUCUUUACAACCCCCUGCCGCAUGGUGCGGCCCGUACACAACUUAGCUCUUGGCAAGCAGGAGUUGAUCGGCACCUUUGAACAACUUUACAUCAAUGUAGGCAUCAUGGAGGAUGAGAUCGAACCAGGAGUGACCACACACCAGGAGCUCUUCCCUCACAGUAUGCUGAGCGUGGUGGCUAACUUUAUUCCCUACUCGGACCACAACCAGAGUCCUAGGAACAUGUACCAGUGUCAGAUGGGUAAGCAGACGAUGGGCUUCCCCCUGCACUCCUUCAUGGACCGCUCCGAUAACAAGCUGUACCGGCUGCAGACCCCGCAGAGCCCACUGGUGCGCCCCUACAUGUAUGACCACUACAACCUGGACAACUACCCCAGCGGAACAAACGCCAUCGUUGCUGUCAUAUCCUACACAGGCUACGACAUGGAAGAUGCCAUGAUUGUGAACAAGUCGUCAUGGGAGAGGGGCUUUGCCCACGGAAGUAUCUACAAGACAGAGCUAGUGGACUUGGCAGAAAAGGUGCGGGGAGAAGACAGUGUGGUGUUUGGUACCAAGCCAGGUGACCCCAAGGUAAACAACAAACUGGACGCCGAUGGACUGCCAUUCAUUGGCUCAACACUUCAGUACGGGGACCCCUUCUACAGCUACAUCAACCUCAACACCGAUCAGACCUUCGUCAACUUCUACAAGAGUCAAGAGGCCUGCGUUGUGGACAAUAUUAAGAUCUGCAGCAACGACACUGGCUCGGGCCGUUUCAAACGUGUCUGUAUCACCAUGCGAGUGCCACGUAACCCCACCAUCGGGGACAAGUUCGCCAGUCGCCACGGUCAGAAGGGAAUCCUGAGCCGCAUGUGGCCGGCAGAGGACAUGCCCUUCACAGAGAGCGGCAUGGCCCCCGACAUCCUGUUCAACCCGCACGGCUUCCCCUCCCGCAUGACCAUCGGGAUGCUGAUCGAGAGCAUGGCCGGUAAGUCAGGCGCCCUGCACGGACUGAGCCACGAUGCCACGCCCUUCACCUUCUCCGAGGAGAGCUCGGCGCUCGAGUACUUUGGCGAAAUGCUCCGGGCAGGCGGAUACAACUUCUACGGCACGGAGCGGCUCUACAGUGGAGUGAGCGGCCUGGAGCUGGAGGCCGACAUAUUUAUCGGAGUUGUCUACUACCAGCGGCUGCGUCACAUGGUGUCAGACAAGUUCCAGGUGAGGACCACAGGAGCGCGGGACAAGGUGACCAACCAGCCCGUGGGAGGCAGGAACAUCCAGGGAGGCAUCCGUUUUGGGGAGAUGGAGCGAGACGCCCUGCUAGCCCACGGCUCAUCAUUCCUGCUUCACGAUCGCCUCUUUAACUGCUCGGACCGAUCCGUGGCUCAGGUGUGCGUCGACUGUGGCAGCCUGCUCUCCCCUCUGUUAGAGAAACCACCACCCUACUGGUCGGCCAUGCGCCACCGCAAGACUGUCUGCACUCUGUGUGGUAAAAGCGACUCUAUAGACUCGGUGUCUGUCCCUUAUGUGUUCCGCUACUUUGUAGCCGAGCUCGCAGCAAUGAACAUCAAAGUCAAAUUAGACGUUAAGUGAAUUUUGCUGGACAACCAGUAAAGACGCAUGUCUUAAAUGUGACAAAUGAAAAUCUAAGUUUUAUGAAACUGCUUUUUGAUUAAAAUUGGUCUGUAUACCUUAUAAAGCUGCUACAAUUAACCAUGCUAAAGAAAGAUUAAAAACAAACUGUAAAGCCAUGUGUGUAAGAAGAGCCAGGAGCCUGAGACGUUCUCCUUUUUCAAAAGUGUUUUAUUGGUCAAGAUUUUGAGUCAAUUACAGAAAUGCAGCAUAUGGAUGUGUUGAAUGGGUUGACAUACUGUAUGUUAAAGGUGUGUAAAAAAUAACCCAAAGGUCUUUUUGUACCGUCUUUUGUACAGUCACACAGUGUUGAAUAAAAUGAUGCUGUACCAUUGUAA